AUGCACACCCAGAAGGAUGUUCAACCCCCAAAGCAGCAGCCAAUGAUAUGUACUUGUAGAGAAUGUCACAUAAAAAAUGAAAUAAAAUCCAGGGAGCUAAUCAGAUGCAGAGGAUACAGAACAGUGUACAAGAAAAGAACCAAAAGAUUGGUGGGUUUUGAUGCUCAGUGA